GAAUGAGAAUCAUGUGAAGUGCCGCCACUCUCUCACUCUUUCUUUCUCUCUCUUUCUUUCUCUUCCUAUCUGUCUCACGGUCAAUAAAAGAAAAAAAAACUUCAAUCUUUAACAAUCCAUCACACAACAAAACACCCACACUUCUGGUUUGUUUUGUUUUGUUUAAAUUAUUUUGAGAGAGUUUCUUCUUCUUCUUCUUAUUGUUGUUGUUCCAAUGGCUUCCGCAACUGCCCCAAGAUUCAUCAAGUGCGUGACCGUUGGUGAUGGAGCUGUAGGGAAGACCUGCAUGCUCAUUUGCUAUACCAGCAACAAAUUCCCCACGGACUAUAUCCCCACUGUGUUUGAUAAUUUCAGUGCAAAUGUGGUUGUUGAAGGCAUAACUGUCAACUUAGGCCUUUGGGAUACAGCUGGGCAAGAGGAUUACAACAGGCUGAGGCCCUUGAGCUACAGGGGGGCAGAUGUCUUUGUCUUGGCUUUUUCUUUAGUUAGUCGCGCGAGCUAUGAGAAUGUGCUGAAGAAGUGGAUCCCUGAACUCCAGCAUUUUGCCCCUGGCAUCCCGUUGGUGUUAGUUGGCACCAAAUUGGAUCUACGAGAAGACAAGCACUACAUGGCUGAUCAUCCCAGCUUGGUGCCAGUGACUACUGAUCAAGGUGAGGAACUCCGUAAACACAUUGGAGCUACCUACUAUAUUGAGUGCAGCUCAAAAACUCAGCAGAAUGUGAAGGCAGUUUUUGAUGCUGCUAUUAGAAUGGUCAUCAAGCCUCCACAAAAGCAAAACGAGAAAAGAAAGAAAAAACCACGUGGCUGUUUCCUAAACGUCCUCUGUCGAAGGAACAUUGUUCGCCUUAAAUGAAACACUUGAUCAGUAUCUCAUCCAAAGCUUUCACGUGCUACGGGGUUGAAGACUGAUACCGCCGUGUAGAAAUUUUAAACUUAACCUAAAAGCACUUGGCUGGAGUUUGCAGUAUAGCUACUUACAUUUGGUUGUAUUUAAUUUAAUUUAAUUUCUGAUAGGUUUUAAUGUAUUGAGUAAACUAUAAAACAGUUGCACCCAAUAGCUUGUAAAUAAAGCAGAGUGAGUUGUUUGCUAGCUACCAUUUAUUUUGUUCGGAAGUGAUCCAGUUUGAAUGUACAUACAUGAGGAGCCAUUAUCAGAGAUUCGAGGCCAUCGUCCUCAUUAGCAAAUGGUUUUAUUCAGAU